GCCAUGACGCUGGUCAUCUUCUCGCUCGUCACAUUGCUGGUGGCCUCACAAGGCGGCUGGGCCACGCAGGAGGAUCUCUCCGUGUCUGAGCUUCUAUGGCGGGCCAACAAAGAUGUUGUUCAUACGCAGGAUGAGCCUCUGGUGAUGGACGACAUCGCGUAUGACAAAGACAAUGAGAAGAACGCUGACCAGUGCACUUCCAGAGGAUGCAUGUGGCCCAAAUCCAGCGACGGGAAUGUCUACGUACCUUAUGUCAUCGCCAGACAUUACUCAUCUCGUGAGCGCUCCAUCAUUGAGCGCGGCCUGACGUCCUUCGAGUCUGUCUCCUGCAUCCGCUUUGUCUUACGCACCAACCAGAGAGACUACUUGAGCAUUCAGUCCAACAAUGGCUGUUACUCAUAUGUGGGUCGCCGUGGGAACGGCCAGACCUUGUCUCUGGCCCGUCAGGGCUGCAUGUACCACAGCACGGUCCAGCAUGAGCUGCUGCACGCUCUGGGCUUCAACCACGAGCAGUGUCGCUCCGAUAGGGACAGCCACAUCAGAAUCUUGUGGGAGAACAUCCAGUCUGGUUGGGAGUACGCCUUUGACAAGAUGAACACUCUCAACAUGAACACACCAUAUGACUACAACUCUGUCAUGCAGUACCACAGGUACGCCUUCUCUGGCAACAACAAGCCCACCAUGCAGCCCAUCCCCAACCCCAACGUCAGCUUUGGCAACGCUAGCCAGAUGAGCAAGAACGACAUUGCCAGACUGAACACGUUGUACAAGUGUUGAGUGGUGGCAACAUCACAAUUCCCAUCAGCCAUAUGCAAUCGUAAUUUUUUUUUGCCAUAAAUGUAUUAAAAAUUCAUGUGCAUAAUCACGUUUUCAUAAGUUUUUUAUUUUUUUUCUCCCUGGACAUUCUUUACAAAUGAUUUUUAGAUAUCUUACAAGCAGCACGGGCCUUCAUUAUAAAUCUUUGUUUUUUUGAAAAUCACCUGAUUUCUAAAAUGACUUUUUUUGGUUUGCUUAACGAUUCAAACACUAGUUAAUCCCUCUAUCGUCCACUUGGGGGAGACACUUGCACGCUUUGUUAAACACCUGAUACCUGACGAGAAAAAAAAUGAGCAGAAUUUGCCUAAGAAUCUGCAGGUACUGUGACAACAGUACAAAAGUCAUAACAGAUUUAGAAAACACUUCGGGAACAAAAAACGUAUUUAAUUUUGACUGACUAAAAAUAUAACUGGAUAUUCAGUCAUAAGUGAUGCCGUUUGAUAUGAAGAACCCUCUAACCUAUUACGUUCCUCUGUGGGGACGUCUGACGACAUCUGAAGUCAGCCGUCCAAAAACCGACUGGUCUGCAUUCUUCCAUGUUUGUAAUGGUGAUUGACAGGCAGACAGGAGGUCAAUGGUCGUCUGUCAGCAGGCUGCGCCGCCCCGGGACAGGAGGCGUCUCGUAUAGAGGAAGUGCUGGGAGAGAACAAUGCAAACAAUUGUUUCAGCUUUGUGUUAUGCGCUUGUGUGUAAAGAGUCUGCAACUGUUGUUAGAAUCUGUAGCCUGUUUUUUGGUAAAACAUGAUGCUAAAUGCUAAACCAGUCUACUAAAUUCUUGUGGCGUGCACAUUUAAUGAAAACCAAGACCAAACCUCCAUUUACUAUUCUUACUUUGUAUACAGUAGUCAUUACAAGGCUCUGUCAUACCUUCACCUUCUUACGUCACUAAAUGGAUACAUAGAAACAGUCAUGUUAAAAAGUCUAGUUAAUGUUAUGGAUGUUUGCUGCUUAAAAUCCCAGACUGACCAGGCAAGAUACCAAAGUGUGUGCAGUACAUUGCUUUUCUCAUGACUUUUGUAUGGGGGCAUACAGAAGCAAACAAUCCCAAAACAAAUGCAACAGGAAAUGUUGCAAGUUAAAAAAAAAAAAAAUCACAUAAAUGCUGCAGGAUCAAAAACUAAUGCAAAAGUAAAAUGCAGCAAAUGCCAAAAUCAACCUCCCCCACUCCAGCACCCCCCACCCGUUUUUCUGUUUUGAGGCUGCAGCGUUUCGCUAAUUCUCCUGUUCAUUUCAUGGUGUUUGUGUGUUUUUGGUUUUGGAUCAUUUCUGUGUUUGGAUGUUGCUGCAAGUUUCAGCAACAAACUGUCGGCCACCGUACUUGUUCGCCUGUCUACAUGUGAAUGACUUUUUGGACUCCAUCCAGAACAUCACUACCAUUUAAUCCAGGUGACACCUUGGCAACACGUCUACAUCGGGACAAACGGCGUUCCAGAGGGGAUGACAGCACCACACACAACACACACCGCUGAUGUCAUCAACUUUCCGAAUGACUCAUCUUGGCAUCUGAAGUCAAAGCAGGUUCUGAACAAGUCGCUCUCCGAAAGGGCUUGGUGCCAGGUUUCAGGGUCAUGACCUGGAUCUUAAUCUGGUUGGACAGGACGGACAGACGCAGAGAGCGUGGAGGAAUGCACAUACUGUAACUAUACACCAAAUAAGUUAACAGGAGAAACGAGAAAAACCAUGGUG